UUCCGCCGUCUCCAUGGCAACCGGGGACGCCUCCUGCUUUGCUCCGCCCGAGUGGUGCUGCGAGAAUAGUUCAGACGCUGCGGAGGUGAGGACCCUCGGCGACAUGAGGGGAGCGGAGGCCGCGGUGGUGGCAGCGGCGGCGGCGGCGGCGGCCACCGUGAUGCGCGACGAAGACGAGGACGAGGACGAGGAGGCGGACCGGGAGCAGCGGCCGCAGCCACCGCAACCGGCCGGGGUCGCGUGCGCCGUCUGCGGAGAGCUGAGCAGUGGGUGUCAACCCGAGCUCGGCAAACCCUGGAAAAAAUUCCUAUAUUGUGAGCCACAUAAGAGAAUUAAGGAAGUUCUAGAAGAAGAACUUUUUAUUCAGAGAGAUGAAUGCCACAUCAAAAAUCCAUCUACAGUGGCUCUGGAAGGGAUCUGGAGCAUUAAAAGGAACUUCUCCGUGGGAAGCUUGAAGCCAGGAUCACAGAACAAAAACAAUUUACUUCCACAACCUAAAUACUAUUCCAGACAUGGAGGAAUAAGAAGAUAAGUAACUCUCUUCCAUUGAGAAGUCACUUCUCUUGAUGUCCCGGAAGCUAAGAAGAAAUCUAAGUACAUACCCCAACUAUUUAAAAAAAUAAAAUAAAAUGUUUUAGUCUA